AAAAAAAAUCAUCAUCAUGUAUGACGAAGAAGUUGCUGCCCUUGUUGUUGAUAAUGGCUCUGGGAUGUGUAAAGCUGGAUUUGCAGGAGAUGAUGCACCGAGAGCUGUAUUUCCUUCCAUCGUUGGGAAACCACGUCACCAGGGAGUAAUGGUUGGUAUGGGUCAGAAGGAUAGUUAUGUUGGUGAUGAGGCCCAGAGCAAGAGAGGUAUUCUCACCCUAAAGUACCCCAUUGAGCAUGGUAUCAUUACCAACUGGGAUGAUAUGGAGAAGAUCUGGCACCAUACCUUCUACAAUGAACUCCGUGUUGCCCCAGAAGAACACCCUGUCCUCUUGACAGAAGCACCCCUCAACCCCAAGGCAAAUAGAGAGAAAAUGACACAGCUCAUGUUCGAAACCUUCAAUGUUCCAGCCAUGUACGUUGGCAUCCAGGCUGUGCUAUCCCUCUACGCCUCCGGUCGUACUACAGGCAUCGUACUGGACUCUGGGGAUGGUGUUUCCCAUACUGUACCCAUCUAUGAGGGUUAUGCCUUACCCCAUGCCAUUCUUCGCUUGGACCUUGCUGGUAGAGAUCUCACUGACUAUCUAAUGAAGAUCUUAACUGAGAGGGGCUAUUCAUUCUCUACUAGUGCCGAGCGAGAGAUCGUGCGUGACAUCAAGGAGAAGCUAUGCUACGUGGCCCUAGACUUUGAGCAAGAGAUGGUGACCGCUGCUACAUCGGCUGCCCUAGAGAAGAGCUAUGAACUACCAGACGGUCAGAUCAUCACAAUCGGUAACGAGAGAUUCCGCUGCCCAGAGGUUCUCUUCCAACCUGCAUUUGUUGGUAUGGAGUCCAGUGGCCUUCAUGAAACCACCUACAACAGCAUCAUGAAGUGUGACGUGGACAUUCGCCGUGACCUCUACGCCAACACCGUCCUGUCCGGGGGUACCACCAUGUACCCCGGCAUCGCUGACCGUAUGCAGAAGGAGAUCACUGCCCUUGCGCCCAGCACCAUGAAGAUCAAGAUCAUCGCUCCUCCAGAGAGGAAGUAUUCUGUCUGGAUCGGUGGGUCCAUCCUUGCCUCCCUCUCAACAUUUCAGCAGAUGUGGAUCAGCAAACAGGAAUACGAUGAAGCAGGGCCUUCCAUUGUCCAUCGCAAGUGCUUUUAACUUAGUAUGGACAGUUUUGCAAUUGUUAUAUUCUUAAUGCCAAUUCUAUACUAAUUUUGCUUGCUAUUGGAUGAAUUUGAGAUUUUGCACUUGACUUUUGUCAGCGUUAUGGUCAAGUCUAAUUGAUCUGACUUUACAGUAGAUGUUCCAUUUCAGCGUCAAUCAAUCACAUUCCUGAAAACAGAUACCGGUAGUGCUAAAUUUGAUAUUUUAAAAACAUGUAUAAAUCAUUGUAUUGGCAGUUGGAGCUUGUAGGGGAUAGUGAUGCUGAAUGAUGAUGACAAUGAUGAUGAUGAUGAUGACAGUGAUAGUGGCAAUGGCUAUGAUGAUGGAGAUAUGUUGUGGAAACCAUUUUCACCAUAGCAUUGGCUAUAGCUUAGUCGACCAUGUUGACCAUUUAAAAUGUCGUCCAUGAAAAAGUUCUGGAAAUCAUAUCACCUUUAUUAAUUGUACCCCUGUAAGUGAUUAGUGUUAGAUAAAUUGUUUUCUUCUGUUCAAGUUUCUUAACACUGUGAUGCUGAGUCUUGUGAUAUUUUAUACCUUGAAAUGAGCCUUCAUAAAAUACCAGAAAACUAAAAAGGAUAAAAAAGACAAAGG